AUGCCUCGUCGAUCGUCUCGGGCCGUUCCCGCGCCUGCGGCAGCUCCAGCGCCGAUUCCAAAAAGGCGCGCGUCUGACAGAAUCUCUGCAGCCUCGGAAACAGAUCCGAAAAGACAAAGGUACAACAGCACAACCGCCAAGAAGGCCGUCAGAUCUACCGCCAGAAGGAGCAAAUAUUUUGAAGACGAAGGAAAUGAAGAAUCAGACCCUGACUCUAGUCAUGCAUUCGAGGUGGAAGACUCAGAUUCAGCCUACGAAGAUACAAACUUAUCCUCCCCGUCAACUGAAUCGGACUCCGAGGAACCGGAGGCGCUGUCUACAGAUGAGGAGAGAACGAAAAGUUCAACAACAAAGACGGCUAACCCUAGUGGAGGUCGGAAGACACCAGCGAGAAGAGGCAAAGGAGGAAACGAGGCAGAAGACCAUCCUAAUGAGGACAUAGCAGCUUCGCUGAAGGACAAAGAACUAUGGAGAGAGGGUGUCAGCACUGGCUUAGGACCUGGAAAAGAAGUCUUCAUCAAAAAGCCCAAAGCCAGAGACCCCGGAGAUAUCCCCUAUCAGGACCAUACACUGCAUCCAAACACCAUGCUUUUCCUGCAAGAUUUGGCGAAACAUAACGACAGACAGUGGCUCAAAGCACAUGACGCGGAUUAUCGUGCUUCGAAGAAAGACUGGGAAACCUUCGUCGAGAGUCUCACAGAAAAGAUAUCAGAGCUGGACAACACCAUCCCUGAGUUGCCUGCAAAAGAUAUCGUCUUCCGCAUCCAUAGAGACAUUCGAUUCAGCAAAGAUCCCACUCCAUACAAGACGCACUUUUCAGCUGCAUGGUCCCGCACCGGCAAAAAAGGCCCCUAUGCCGCUUACUAUGUGCAUCUGCAGCCCGGAUCUUGCUUUGUCGGCUCGGGACUCUGGCACCCAGAAGCUGAUAAGCUUGCUCUUCUUCGAGAGGAUAUCGACCAUAAUUCGCAUCGUUUGAAGGCUGUGCUGCAAAGACCGGACAUGCGCCGCGAGUUUUUCAAUGGGAUUCCUGACGACGAAAAGAAGGCUGUCCAAGCUUUUGUUAGUCAAAAUAAAGAAAGCGCACUCAAAACAAAGCCCAAGAGUUUUCUGCACCGUCUCAUCUGUUUCCAUGGUUCAGCAUCUGACUACUGGCGGGGUUACGAGGCCGACAACGAAAACAUCGAAUUACUUCGUCUACGCAGUUUCACCAUUGGAAAGCCCCUUUCUGACUCGGAAUUUCUGGCCUCGAAUGUGCAAGAGAGAAUUGCCGCCGUCAUUGGUGUCAUGGAACCCUUUGUAAGCCAUGCUAGCCACCCUUGUUGCGCAGCCUCAUUGGCUUUUCUCCCGCCCGUCCUCGUCUCUACCUAUUGGAUCUUACCAUCCCGUAUCAGAUACAUGGCCCUUGUCUGGUUCUCGUUCCCCUCUUCCUCAUGCCCUUCCCAGCCACUUCAGCGGUGUAGCCUCUGA